AUGGCUACAGCUAUUGAAUUAUCUGAUAUGGUUUUUAUUUGCAUGUCUAAUCCAUAUAAACAAAGUGCUUAUUGUCGUUCAGAAGCUGAAUAUGCAUAUACACGACAACGUCAUAUAAUUCCUUUAGUUAUGGAAAAAAAAUAUCGUCCAGAUGGAUGGUUAGGAAUCAUUUGUGCUUCGAAAAUGCAUGUGGAUUUUACUAAAACUGAUUAUGAACAAGCAUUGCAAAAAUUAAUUUCACAAAUUCAACUUUAUCGACAACGAACAUCAAUCAAUACAUUAUCUUCUCCAACAAUAAAAGAUAAGAAAAAUGAAAUACUUACUCAUGAUAAUAAAACUUCAGCAUCCGUUAAAAAUCAAGAAAAUACAUGUAAUGAGCAAACUCAAGUGGAAAAAUUCGAAAGAUUAUCAAGUAUUGAAAAUAGUUAUAAUGAUCGAUUUAUUGAAUGGUGGACACAUGAAGAUGUUUUAAAUUUUUUACAUGAUAAACGUUUAGAUGUUAUAAGAACUUUAUUUGAGUAUGAGCAACAAUUUGAUGGUCAUUCAUUGUAUAUAUUAUAUAAACAGUGUCAAUCAAAUACACAGUCUACUUAUCAAGUAUUGAAUACACAAUUAAAUCAACUUCAUGAUCGAACUUUACCAUAUUUUACCUAUAUUCAUUUUGUUAGUGAAUUAGAAAAGCAAUUUAAUCCAGUUGAUAUAAAACAAUAUAUUCGUUAUCUUCUAUGGAUUAUUUAUGCAAAAAUUCGACAAAAACUUUUUUGA